UAUUAUGUCUGAGAGUCGGGACGAGGCUCGCUCUUUUACAGUCCGGCGCCCAGUGCGUGAGGAGUUAUCAGAGGCUAGGCCUGCUCCACUCCCAAGCGCCUCACCCAGCUCGCCAGAAUGCGUUACGUCGCAGCUUACCUCCUUGCUGUAUUGGGUGGAAAUGCCUCCCCAUCUUCAAAGGACAUCAAGAAGAUUUUAGACAGUGUUGGCAUUGAAGCUGAUGAUGAGCGACUGAAUAAGGUCAUCAGUGAGUUGAAAGGCAAGAAUGUAGAUGAUGUCAUUGCUGCUGGCAAUGCCAAACUUGCAAGUGUCCCAGCUGGUGGGGUCGCAACUGCUGCUGCCACAGUUGGUGCUGCUCCAGCUGCAGCAGCUGUUGCUGAAGAAAAGAAGGAAGAGAAGAAAGAAGAAUCUGAAGAAUCAGAUGAUGACAUGGGCUUUGGUCUCUUUGACUAGAUUCAAAACUCUUAAAAUAAACUUUUCUGUAUUCUAA